CAUAUAAAUUUCUUCACAAAAUGGAUCCUUCAGAGCAAAGUUGUGAACAAUGGAGUUCACUUAGUGGAUUUUACACAGCUGAGGAAGCUGAUUUUAUGGGUCAGUUACUUGAUAACUGUCAAGUACCUGAACACAGUUAUGGAAAUUUCAAUUUUGAAGUUCCAUCUACAUUAUGGCCUGUACAUGAUGACUCCACAAUAGUGAGCAUGAAUAACAGUGACCAUUUUCCUCAAAAUGUUGAUCAUAGUAACACCAAUUUUUUGAGUUUUUUACAAGGAAAUAACAUCAUAUCUGAUACAAAUGAUGGUUACAACUGUUUGAAUGAUGAUCAAGUAGCAAACAUUGGCUACAUUUCCAUGCUGAAUGGAGAUUUCGGCGCUUAUAGUGUUCGACGGAAUGAUAGUGCACAGAUAACUGAAAAUAACACUGAUGAAGAGUUUUGUCAAGAGGUUAUUGGUGACAAGAAUUUUCAGGCUCAUGUGGAAUGUGAAGAGGUACUGGUUUCUGAAUCAGUGGAAGAUGGUAUUAACAACAACUUGGAAAAAACAGGAAAAAGAUCUAGGAGUUCAAUGAAGGUUCAAAAGAAUAAGAAAAAUAUCAAAUCUAGGAAGAAACCGAAGUCGGCUUUCGUAAGCAACCCUGAAGAGGAUGAAAGGCUGGAUCUUCAGGAGCCGAUUUUGAGCUCCGAGGAGGAUGACUUCAAUCCUUCUCAUAAGCUACAUGAAGAAGGGUCUUCAAUCGUAAACCGGAACGAUUCAGCAUCUGUGAAGUUAAAAGGAAAAUCAAGAUGUGAUAGAGGUUCUUCCACUGAUCCACAAGGUGUCUAUGCAAAAAAAAGAAGAGAAAGAAUAAAUGAAAGGUUGAAAAUUCUACAAAGCCUGGUCCCUAAUGGAACCAAGGUUGAUAUCAGUACCAUGCUUGAGGAAGCUGUGCUAUAUGUGAAGUUUUUGCAGGUCCAAAUUAAGCUUCUUAGCUCUGAUGAUCACUGGAUGUAUGCUCCCAUUGCUUACAAUGGAAUGAACAUUGGACUAAGCCUCAACAUUACACCAACCAAACUACCAUAAAUAUUUAGCAGAAAAUAAAAUAGGAUGCUACAGUUAAGGAGCUUAAGCUGCAUGGUAUUUUGGAACUUUGUGAUUUUCUAUUAUGUUGAUAGGUAUUUAGUUAUUCAUUAGCAGUAUUUAUUUAAUCCUAAGGAUGUAUAACCAUGUGUAUUUUUGAACCAUGAGAUAUUAUUUUGAGCUGAUGUCA